CAUGCGUAUAACGAUUUAUGGGCAGUGACAAGGAAGUGCAGUAAGAAGGGUAGUAAGUGCUGUUACGCAGUUGCAGUUGUUUGGACUCAAGCUUUGUGAUGGCAGUAGACUGGAUUGGGUUUAGCUAUGCUGCAGCCAUUGCCAUUGGAGGAUUUAUGGGAUAUAAGAGAAAAGGCAGUGUGAUGUCCCUGGUAGCUGGUUUAAUUUUUGGUGGAUUAUCUGCUUAUGGUGCCUACAACAUCUCUAAUGACCCAAAGGAUAUCAAGCUCUCACUGUUGUCCUCAGGAGCCCUCGCAGUCGUGAUGGGAAUGAGGUACAAAAAAUCUGGAAAAAUACUGCCGGCUGGCCUCGUAUCAGGGCUGAGUUUGAUGAUGGUGUUUCGCCUGUUACUCCUGAUCAUGGUGUGACUGGAGGAGCAAGUCAGCAGACUGACGGCUCUGCAGUUCUCAACAAACAAGCACUGGAGACAUCAUUCCCAGUUGACAUACAAAGACAAGUCUUCUGUUCUGUAUGGUAACUUAACAUUCAUGUGACCAGGACCUUUACAAAAGCUACCAGAGAGUUAUUAAUGGAUUUAAGAUCAACUAGUAACCUUUUGAUGUUAUAUAGACCAAAUUGUUUUGUAUAUGUAUGUGGCUGUGCAUUUAAAUGUAAAUCUCAUGAAUUUCCAUCUUGUAUUUUUGCCACAUUUCCACUCACAAUGCUGGCAGCAUAACACUUGUACCGGGGCAUUUUGGGUGCUGCUGUAUGUCUUGACAGUGGGUUUACUAUAAACACUACAACACUGAUUUCAUAGGCUGCUAAAAUAUAGAGCUUAAGUAGGAAUUCUUCAAAGUACUGAAAAAAGGAACAAGCUUAAAUAAAAUUUGUAUUCUUGACGUCUUACAUGCCAAGAUGUUUUUGAGGCGGGAAAAGAAUGAAUGUAAUUAUGUUUGUGAUUUUUGUAGUAACAGCUGAACUAAAUAAACAGGUGCAA